GUUUACGCCUCUGUGUCAAGCAGUGAUCCACUCUUUGUCUGGUCACUCUGGUCACCUAUUGGAGGCACUUGCCUCUUACCUCUUGCCUCUUUUAACAAAUAUUAGGUGAUGGGUGAUGCCCAAAGUUGUCUUCGUUGCUUCCAGCUUAAUAUGGUAGUACGUACCUCCUAGCCUAAGGACCAACCCCACCACAAAUCCCUACGCCAACAACCAAACAACUCUGAGACCCUUCAGCUUUAACUGUGCAUCCAUUGUUUCCACUCUCCCAUCUGUUCUAGGCCGACACAAUCAGACAGCACUCGAGUCUCAGAUAAUAAUAAAAAACAGUUCUUAAAAAUACGUCCUCGUCGAAACAUCUUUUCGGUGUUUAUUCAUCGAUUAACUACUCUUAUUCGUACUCCCCGCCGAGUUAUAACAACCCCUCCUCCGCAUUCCAACCGCCGAAGCUUCCCCCCCACUACCGAACUACUUAGAACCAACAAAGCGGUCGCGACGUGCGCUUUUUAUAUGCGGAACAAACGACCGACAUACCGUAGCCAGAUAUAUUUCACCCUCUAGUACCGAGGGACAAGGCUCCGAGUCCUCGUCUACCAGAUUAUCUACCAAUAUACCCGUCGUCUCCCCAUAAAUCACCCACUGAUAGGUGAUACAAUCGACGCGAUGCCACCGCUAUCCUCCGUCCAGAAAGCGGCGGUAGCUAGCUUCGUCUCGAUAACCGGGGCUUCAGACAAGACCGCCACUAGAUAUCUUAAGAACACGGGAUACAAGUUGAACGAGGCCAUUGAUGCGUUCUUCCAGGGGAGUUCUAGCGCAUCGUCUGCGACCAAGGAAUCGCAACUUACGAAGCUAUUUGACAGCCUCAGGAAUACCGAGGAGGACCCGAAAGAUGCACUCGGUGCGGAUUCAUCCAUGGCCUAUCUGACUUCUAUCGGCGUCGAUCUCGAAGGGGCGUCACUCUUUCUUGCUAUGGAACUCGUCCAGGCUCCUACUAUAGGCGAAAUCACCCGGACAGGCUUCAUAAAUGGCUGGAAAGCCAACCCGGCGGCCGAGGCCAAGAUCGAAGGCCAGAAGCAAUACUUCAAGCGCCUUGCCGACUCACUAAGCAAGGAUCGAGACCUAUUUCGUAAGGUCUACCGGUACGCUUUCGUCGUCGGUAGAGAAGGAGACCAGCGGGCGCUCUCACUGGACAACGCGAUCUUGUACUGGGAGCUGCUUUUCAAGAAGCCGGGUAUGCUAUGGAUUGGAGAGACUACGGGCACCGAUUGGUUGGCUGAGUGGAUUGCGUUUCUGCGAGAGAAUUGGACACGGUCAGUUAGUCGCGAUAUGUGGAAUCAGACUUUUGAAUUCGCACUGAAGAGCAUGGCGGACGAAGCACUAAGCUUCUGGAGCGAGGAUGGAGCUUGGCCAGGCGUCAUUGACGACUUUGUGGCCUGGUACAAACGCAAGUCGUCGGAGAUGGACGUCGAUGCUUGAUCAGCUGUUCCCGAACCAAUCGAGGUAGCCAAUCUGGUAUUCGUACUAUGGGGCGGAUAUCGACGUGGAGAAUAGUAGGGAGGGGUAUCGGGGUGCGAGUGUUUACGAACACGCUUCGAGAAGCUCGUCCAGUACGAAAAGUGAGACGAUAUAGUAGGAGAUAUCACUUCAGCGCUACGGAAUAAGGGAAUUAGCUUUGCUUUGCUUUGCAUUAAAUCGACGUCACCCUCGGUCACAUAGCAAGAUAUGCUAGGGAAAGGGAGGGAUCAAUAAAUAAUUAAGAUACCUAUUAUGAAUAUUCUCAAAGAAUGUUAAAGCGUAGUACUGUCUACUUAUAGGGGUUUCUUUUCAGU